UUUUAUUUGAAAAAUUUUAUUUAAUUAAUUGAUUUGUAUGCUCAUUUAUUGCUGAUAUGCUAUAGCCUCGUUGCCAUCACUGUGCAUUUCUUCAUUUUGUAGUAACAUGGAAUGUUGAUUCUAUUUUUUUUAUCCUUACCUUCUGUUUUUGCAUUAAUAUUAAGUAUCAGUCCCAAGGCAGAAGAGCAGUAAGGGCUAGGCAGCUAGGGUUAAAUGACUUGGCCAGGAUCAUAUAGCUAGGAAGUGUGAGAUUUAAAAUGGUUGAGGUCUUAACUGUAGUGAUUAAAAUAGUGGAAGAUAUAAAUUGUGAUAGAUAUAAGAGAGGGUGAGCAAAUUUGACCGCAGAAAUAUGUUUCACUACAGUGUCUUGGGUUUUAAAAUCAAAUAUAAGGUGGUGGCCAGGGAAAUUAUUCCCAAUUAUUCAAAUACCCAAGUCAAUUGGGUUUUAUAGAGAUUUUUAAUUAACAAUACAAUGAGUAAUUAAAGAAGGAGAGAGAGAAUAAGAAAAGAAUCAGUUUUUUAACACUCACCACAAGGUCUGACUAAACAAGGAUUCUAGCAACACCAGGCCAUAGUCCUUCCUCAAAGAGUCUUCCAGCCAGAGAUUGUUUCAAAUGGCCUUUCUCAAGAGCCUCCAGAACUCCUACCCAAGAGGGACAGAGCCCCUCAGAGGAGCUCCUCAAGGAGCUUUCCUUCAGAAUGAGAGUCAGAAAUCGUGAUCCUCAGAAUGAGUCUUCUCAAAAUGAGCUCCCUCAGAAUCAGAUCCAGCUCUUCUCUGAGUUCUUAUUUUUAAGGGCAAAAUCUCCUAUGUCACCUCCCCUAAGUCCUUACAUCUACCAAUCACUGUAGAUGUUUCUAAAGGACCGCCCAUUUUGAAUUCACAGCUGAGUAGUUUUAAUCUCUUUAGUAAGUCAGAAAAAAAUGCUGCUGUGUUGACAAAUUUCAUUAAGAAAAAACCUCUGAAUAAGUUAUCACCCUUUUAGGUUUAAGUAGUUUACAAAUUACCCCACCUUUAUAGGUACUUAGUAUCCCAUUGUAUCAAUUCUAAAAUAGUCAUGACUCAAAGAACUUCCUGUCCUUUCCAUAAGCAUGGGUCAAAGCACUUUUCAUUGUUCUCAAGGAGCUCUCUGUCCUAAAGGAGUUCUAAGUAGGGUGGAGUAGGGAUAUUCCCAAGGCAAGGAGCCCUCACAUUCAAGUAGAAUUCUCACUAUCAGCUAGGGAGUUUUUUUAAGUAGAAGAUUCCCCAAUGGGGGAAACCCCUAACAUUCAUAAGUCUGAGAAAUUUUGAGGUUUACAAUCCCCCCGAUGAUCAUGGGAGACUAGUCUCCCCAUUGAUCAAUUAACAUAAUCAAUUUUGUAAUUCAAAAUGCACUUCUAACUAGAGAUAUACACAAUAUUCAAUUUUCUAAGAGAAAUUAGAAUAGUGAGAGAGGAAAUAGAAAAGAAAAGAAAGCAAAACCAAUGUUUUGCUAGGCGCAUUGACAGAAAGCCAAAUUAGGGGCAGUUCCUUUUGGCAUAAAUGAGUACAUUUACAAUAAAUGUUCAAAGUUCAGUUCAAUCAAUCAUAUCCAAAGUUCAUUCUUGAUCUUCUUGAUGAAGUGUAAGUUUUCCGGUAUCUUUCUGCAACAGUUCAUUCUCUGGAUAUAAAAGUUUCAAGCUUCUUUCUUGAAGAUCUUUUCUCGAACAAAAUCAAAAUCUUGAAUUUUUAUAAAAGUACAAUCUUAAACAAAAAAUCAAAAUUCUUGGAUUUUUAUAAAAAUACAAUUUUGAGGUUUACAGAAGUAUCUGAGUUCAGAUUUGAACCCAGGUCCCCCCUGACUCUAGACUUGGCUCUUCUUCUACUGAGCCACCUCAUUGCCCCUAAAACGCUGAUUCUUGAGAGACACUGACAUUCCAGGAUUCAUAGUCCUAUAGUUUCAUUAGAGAAAUGUUACUGUUAGAGAAAAUAGGUUGUUAUUUCAGGGGGAAGCUUGGGCACAUUAAAAGUACCACAUAGUUCUCCAAUGCAUUCCAACAUUUUAUUUUCCUCCUCAUCAAUUCUGGACCCAUUUCUUCUACAGCCUCUGUACUGGAUUGUGUACUGCUGGAUUGAUAGAACAUACAAACCGCUCUGUGGGCAGCAUAUUGUCUGGACAAGAAGUAGUCGCAAUCUAUUGAGUUUUUUUCUGUGUGGAUAGUUAGGCCUGCCUCUUUUGAGGGAUUUUUGAGCCAAAUUAGGAGACUAGCAUUCAGUACAAUGGUAUUUGCCAACAAGAACAUCUCAAAAAUUUGUGGGAAUCCUUUUCCAUUUGGACUUUGUGCUGGACAUUGUAAAUUAUAUAGCACCAGACAUCUUUUGUGAGCUUAUGUCUUAUUCUGUGUCAGAGAGGUUGUUUAAACCGAUCUAUGUAUCUCUGUUGUUGGGGCUGCUGGUUGAUGCAGUGGAUGGAAUGCUGGACCUGAAGCCAAGAAAACUCAUCUUUGUAAAUUCAAAUCUGGCCUCAGACUUCCUAGUUCUGUGACUCUGGACAAGUCACUUAACCCUGUUUGCCUUGUUUUUUUCAUCUGUAAUAUGAGUUGGAGAAGGAAAUGGCAAAACCGUUCCCAGUAUCUCUACCAAGAAAAAUUCUAAAUUCUAAAUGAGGUUAUGAAGAGUUGGGCAUGACUGAAAAAAAAUAUACAGCAGUAUUUUUGUUGUGUCUUUCAAGGAAUCGUGAAGGAAAGUCUUUAAGGAGACUACUGAGUUAACUGCUUUUUAGCAGACUAAGCAGAAUGACCUUAUAUUCUCUGCAGUUCAAUCAUUCGUAAAGAUGUGAUUUUACAGAAUAUUGUUUGAAAAAGAUAUAUAUGUAAAUUAUUUUCAAAAAAAAUUUGUAGAGAUGGGAAAGUGGGCUUGUGGCUCAUUAGUUACCAAGAUCUUUUCUGUUGCUUUUUUCAAUGUUAGUAAUGGCUGUGCUUUGCUUCUCAAACAUGUAGUAUUUCAUAUAUUUUGAAAUUUGACCCCUGAACACCCUUACCUUAGAGGACUGGGAUACCAGUCUAAAUCUAGUGGGUUCACUGUCAUUAAUGGAGAAAAGAUUUUGUUCUAGGACUUUGGAAUGGUCUUUUCUCAUUUUGGGGGUCUGUUUUCCUCCUUUCAAUUUCCUCUUUAAAUGAUCUUGGGAUGAUCUGGCUUAAUUGCCUUUGUAGACAAAUUUUUCAUAAACUGAUUAUCUUAAUUCCCUUACAGUAAGUGAGUAAUGUGAGGCAAGACUGCUCAUGAUCAUAUUCUUUUUAUCUUCUGUAGGGUUUUACAAAUGAGCUCAUCUUUAAAUCUCUGACUGUUAGUUCAUAGUUUACAGGACAAAAUAAAAGAUAGUUAAGGAAAAGUUAUACUCAUAGUACCCUGAAUAUGUGUGUACUUUAUCAAAUAAAAAUUUAUAUAAUAUUUGCUUUCCAAAUGGGGAUACAUAGUGAGAUUUGUGUGCUUUUUCAUGGUUUAAAAUUUUGUAAAUGAAGCAACUAAAAUAUUUUAAAAUCAACUAAGGAAAAACCUCUUUAAACAGGAACUUUUUUUAAAUAAUGGGAAAUACCUGUAUAUUUUGUUUUCAUAUCAGUGAAAAUAAGUAUUUUUACUCAAACAGUCAUUUGUUUUCAGUUUGCUCUUGACUAUUUUCUUGAAUUCUAGAGCCAUGAAAUCUGGAAUAUUCCUUUACUUAAUUUAUUUUGGGAACUGACAUUUGGUAAUUUAAGAGAUUAUUGUCCCCAGUUAUAUUAUUACAAAGAUGAUAUCAUGAGUUAAACUGUCAAAAUUUUUCUUUUACAAGCCCUUUUUUUUUUUAACAUAAAUAUUUGCUAGUUUUCCCAGUACUUUAAUUUGCAUAAUCUCAUUUAAUCCUCAGUACAACCCUUGGACAUAGUCAGGGCAGGCAUUAUCCAUCUGCAUGUUUUAGAUGAUGAAUUGAGAUUUUGAGAGCUUUAGUAAUUUGCCAGUUGUUACCCACAAUCGUAGGCAGUGAACCUGGGAAUAGAAUUUAGAGCCUCCCCUCUGUAAUUUAGUCUGGUUUUGAAUUUUAGUGGAAACUAACUUCUUAGUUUGUCAAAACCAAGUCAUAAAUAACAGGCAGAAUCAGAAUUCUGCUAGUUUAUCUGAGAAACAAAAUGAGGUUUCUUCUAUGGUGAGAGUGGUCAGUGUGCAUGCAGUGAUCAGGGCAGGAGAUCUCCUCAUGUAUUACAGUUGACCUAGUUGGGCCUGGGAAGCUGGAUAGAUUCUUGUAUUCUGUCCUGAGACAGGCGGCCACAUUGACCGGUGGACUGCCAAGUUCCCUGGAGUUAUUUACCAGGUUGCACAGUAGUGAUAGUCUUAUCUUCCUCACACAGACCUUGCUUGCCUCUGUUUACAAAAUUAUAAAACUUGAGGGAUAGUCUAGAGAGAGGUGUUGACUCCUUAUUAGGUUCCUUCCCUGUGGCUGCAUUCCCAACAUGAAUGUCAAGCCAGUGAUUCCUUCCUUGUCUCAGAAAUUGCAUAUCUCCUGUUUGUUUCCCCCCACCCCCAUGUUUAUUAAACUGCUAUUUCUCUGUGCUAUGACCCUACAAAUGAAAUCAUGUUCCAGCUGUGUUUUUUCCCCCUGUGGUCAAUGUUCUCAUUCCCAACUGUUUGCUACAGAUUGACACCAUUUUCUACUCCUGCUGUCCCUUGUUGCUGUCCAACAGUGCUUCGACUCCCCACUGCCUUUGCCUACUGUUUAACUGAUGGAUGCUUCACAGCUAAUUAGGCAUGGGAGUCAGCAAUCUGCUGAGUGGAAGGCAGGGUCAGCAGGGAGUAGUGCAAGGAGGAGCAGUAUUUAGGUGUGGUUGGUGCUGGGUGGUAGCUGGUAUUGUAGCACACAGACGUGUGAUAAUUUUAGGUGGCAUCCGAUGAUUAGACUUUUUUUGAUGGUUCCUUCAUUUGGAGCCUGUGAAUGGCAGGGUGGCAGGUGGUGGUUCCAGCCACAACCCACAAACAACAGUAAACAGCUUCAGGUCCAUGACGCAAAAUGACCUUCACAGUGAAGAUUCUCAUCCUUAAAAAAGAAGACCAUACCAGAGGUUGUGAUGAAUAUGCCACUGAAUCAGAUCUCUGUCAUUCCAGCUCGAGAUGCUACCUCUAUCAGGGUCUCCAGGAAUAAGACCAAAGAAAAAGAUAGGGAAGAGCAGAAUGAGAAGACUUUGAGGCAUUCCAUGAGUUGUUCAAGUCACAUUUCUAAGGCUGGAAGUCCAACAUCUGUAUCAGCUCCCCAUGGCUUCUCUCGCACUUCUGUUACCCCAUCUAACCAAGACAUCUGCAGUUCCAGUGCAGUGUUUUCUGAAUGUUGUCAUCACAGUCCCGUGCAGUCAGCUGUUGUCUUGAAAUCUGCUCUCUGCCAGAGUUCUCUGACACAAGGGGUCACUAUGACAGUGAUCUGUAAAGACACAUUACAGGACUCAAAGAAAAACUCCUGUGGCUCAGAAUGGAUCCAGGCCUUAAAGCCUUCUAAGAAUACCAAAGCCAGAAGAACUCUGAAGUUCUCCAAGUCCCUCAAUGAUGUGGUUGAGAAGGCCCAGAAUACUAUGGAGAACUUUGACUGUGUAGAAAGAACUUACUCUGAAGGAAAAUUAGCACCACCUCAAGAUCAGUGCCUCAAGAUGAACAAAUUUCAUCAUAAGGAAAAACAGAUUCUCAAUCUGAAGCCUCUUGUGUUUGGCAGUUAUAAACACUCACAUGUUCCAUCAUUUUCUGCCAAUCAUCCAAGCACCUUUGGAAUAGGAGCCACCCAAGGGAGUUUCAACAUCUCAUCCCUUGAAGAGAAAGCAGAUAAUGAGGCAACCUUGAAAAGCAAGCGUUUGCUCUGUUACCUCUUUUCCUUCUCUCACAGUUCAAGCACCAGCAGUUUGCACAAGUUCCAUGAGCUGGAAAGCUACUCAGCUAGCUUGCCAGCAGCUAAGUCUUCCAGUGUGUUGGUGGGGAGCACAGGCUUCUGCUCUGAUGAUAUGGGGGAUGAUGAUGUGUUUGAGGACAGUGUAUCUUCUAAACUGAAAAACAAGGAGAUACGGGCACCACUCUGCUCCACUGAGAAAGAUAGUGACCUGGAUUGCCCUUCUCCUCUCUCUGAAAAGUUUACCCCCUUAUCCCCUGUGUCAACAUCAGGAGACACCUGCAGGAUAUGUCACUGUGAAGGAGAUGAUGAGAAUCCUCUUAUUACACCUUGCCACUGCACAGGAAGUCUUCAUUUUGUCCACCAAGCCUGCCUACAGCAGUGGAUCAAAAGUUCAGACACGCGAUGCUGUGAACUCUGUAAAUAUGAGUUCAUAAUGGAGACCAAACUAAAGCCUUUGAGAAAAUGGGAAAAAUUGCAGAUGACAUCCAGUGAAAGAAGGAAGAUCAUGUGCUCUGUAACAUUCCAUGUCAUUGCGAUCACAUGUGUGGUAUGGUCCUUGUAUGUUCUCAUAGACCGAACUGCUGAGGAGAUUAAGCAAGGACAGACAACUGGGAUCCUAGAAUGGCCCUUUUGGACUAAACUGGUGGUCGUGGCCAUAGGAUUCACUGGUGGACUUCUCUUUAUGUAUGUACAGUGUAAAGUAUACGUACAAUUAUGGAAGAGACUUAAGGCUUAUAACAGAGUGAUCUAUGUCCAGAACUGUCCAGAAACAAGUAAAAAGAAUAUUUAUGAAAAACCUGCACUAACAGAGCCAAAUUUUGAAAGUAAAGAUGGGCGACAUGGGAUCUGUCAUUCUGAUACAAACUCUUCCCAUUACACAGAGCCUGAAGACCAUGGAGCAGAAAUUCUUCAUGUCUGAUAAAGGGAGAAGGGGCUGUUAUUUUUCCCCCCAGACAUUCAUGAAGAGCUGAGAUGACAUUGUUUACUGAAAACUGCAUACCUUAAAAAAAAAGAAAAAGAAAAAAUCAGCCAAUGGCUUAGACUGGGCAGUUGAAUUUUUUUGUAUUCUGUUCUGUUUUUCUAAAUCAUCUUCGACAUAUCUUUUAAUAUGUUAUCAUGGUGGCAUACCUCUUAUUUUGAGUAUCUUAUAGGUGUGCUUUAUGAGGAGGAAUGGUAAAAUGUAGGUGACUGAUACUACUGAUAAGGAGCCACUUUGCUGCCUGAUUCUUGUUCAGCCAAGUUGUAAAACCUGAAAGAUGAAUAAAAAGAAAGUGAAAUACAGAAGACCUGUGCGUGGCCACACCAUGGAGCCUGAAUUGGAUUUUCCAAAGAGUCUUUUCUUUCACUUUAACAUCAGAUACCCCUAAGAACACCAGGAAAAAGCCAACUCUCAUUAAUGUCUCCAUUACUCAAGGAGAGUCUGAGAGAGAUGCACUGGAAGACCUUAAAUCAGGACUUGAAGCCUCUGAUAAUAUCUGCCAUUAACAUCUCUCUUGGGUUAAGAUCAUGCUUUACAUUUAAAGAUAAGUGACUCACAAAGCAAACAGCACUUUUAAAAAUCUUUAUUUUGUAAUAUGUGUGUCCAGUUGGAUUGAAACUUGAAAGAAUGUCUCAUUUCAGAAUAUUCCUUUCAAUAUACUUGGCCCUUUCCUGUAGGCCCUACAGACCUUUUUGCCUUAUGAUAUCUAAAAUGUUUGUGAUUUCCAAUACAUCCCCACAGAAUUUUUGUGACCAUGAUGGAAAUAAACCCUAAUCUGGAGCUAUUGUGCAAACAAAUUCAUGGAUAUAAGACAUUUAUUUGAAAAUAUAAUUUUUCUCGGUCUAAUCUUAUUUUUAUCAAGAGUAUAUAUGACAAGUGUACACAUGUACUUUUGUAAUAUCCAGUCUUAACUAAAAAAACAAAAGGGUGUGUGUUGUAACCUUACAGGAGGGCAAGGGAGCAAAUGAUCAGAAAUUGGUUGACUUUCUUUUGAUGUUAAUUUGUAUCCAAAUCUCUCCAAUUUGUGCUCCUGUGAAGAAUAGAUUUGAAUCAAGAAGUAAAUGUUUAUCAUGCCUGUGAGUAUGCAUAUGAGUGAUUUGGCAGGACAAACAAUGAAAAGAGCAUAUAAAAGCUAUAUUGACCUGAUUGCUAAAUUGGUACAGAAGAGAAGUUGGGGACCUCUGUGGGAAUGGUAGAUAAAGAAUUGUGAUGGAUAAGUGAGGAGUCUGGUUCAGUGGCCUGCUAAAGGCCAUUUAUCUAAAAGGUUUUCUCCUGAGAUGGGAAAUAUUGGUAGCAUGAGAUCAAAAUGACUAACCCUAGGACUAAACUGGCUCCAGGAAGUGAACUGUUGAGCACAUUGACUUAGAUGAAUUGUUCUGCUCCUAUAAGUAAAAUUGGCAAACUGUCUGGGCCUUGGUAUUGGAAAACAGCUUCUGUUGCCUCCAAUGAAUGGACAGAAGGCCUGUGCUCAGACAUUACCUUAACCAAAAUGAGUAAAAAAACCAAACUAUUAAGUAUAUUAUAGUUAAUAAAGUAUCCAGUUUAUUUCCAUUCCCAUCUCCCAUCCCCAUUGUUGGAUUUAAAGGUAAUUUGGUAUAGUUAGUUGCUUAGAAAACUACAUUUUGAAUUGCAGCUUUUUAAAGAAUCUCUCACAUAGCUUGACUUGUGUGGGAUGGCAGAUUGAAAGGUCCCAGAGUACAGCAGAAAAAACAUCCUCCAUAUUCUUUGGACCUUUGAUUUGUCAAACUGUUAGAAAUAGUUUUCUUCAAGUUCCCAAGGUGAUCCACCAUGUUUGCAAUUUGCCCAGUUUGGGUCACAUUCCUCUUUGGAUGCUUUUGGCUUCACAAACCUCCAGCUAAUGUGUCUGACACAGAUUCUUUUCUGACCUGGCAGUGGCUCUGUUGGUCCCUUUGCCAUGAAAGCAGGUGAAAGUUCCCCUCACUCCUUUUCCCUUCCUUUUGUCUCAGGCGGGUCAGAAAUUUAUGCUUGUGUAGACUCUGUAUUUAAAAGUGCUCUUACUCCUGCCCCUUCUUCAGGCUUGACCUGUGAAUACAAUGAUUCAAAGAUUGUCUGCUCAGGUGUGUUAAAUACCAGGUCUGUCAGGCCAUCAGCCUUUUAAACAACCACCUUUUCCAUAACCCAGGUGACUCUUAACUUCUUUCUACCACUUCUGAUAAUAAACCCUUAGAAAACAAACAAAAAAAAUGGUGUCACUUGCCUACUCAUUCUAGAACAGAGUUUGACAAAGUUCCUAAUGUCAUGUCCUGUGAACUUUCUUCCUUUUAAGACCCUAGAGUAAACUCAAAAUAAAUAUUGGACAUCUCGAUAGAUCUGGGUGCCCCAGGAAAGUAUGAUAAGCUGCCUUAAUCCCAGAUUCUCUUAUGCCUGUGACAAGGAGUUUCUUUGUAAAUCUUAUCUUUUAUGUGAGCAAUGAAUUGGUAUGGGGAAGGUGUAGCAAGAUGUCAUCCUACUUCCUUAUUUCUUCCACUGAAAUGAUACACAAAUUACCCUACUCCAUUUUUUAUUAUUUCAAAAAGUAUUGAAAUAUCAUUACCAAUCACUUCUAGUUUCCCCUUGCUUAUUGCACUUUUGUUCCCCAACAAAAAAUUGAUUCACCAGGAUACCACCUCAUGGAAGCACAGAAGAAUGCUUCACAUCUUUGUUGGCCAUAAAUGUGUUCUCCUCAUUUAGAUUUUGAGAUAUUGAUCUCUGCCCCCAUCAGACCUUAGUGAUAUGACUGACUUGCCAAAUGUAUUUCCAUAAAACAUCCACAAAACUGGGAUCAACCUGCAGGGAAUAAUAAACCCUUUAAUUGUAUAUUUGGGGCAUUGACUGAACCAAGGAGAGCGUCAGAAGACUAGGUUCCUUCUAACUAGCCAAAAGGUGUAGUUUGCUUCUGAGGAGACUGGCUGCUACCAGAAAUGGUUUUAAGUGUGUGCAUAUGGCCUUUUUUGUGUAUGUCUACACUCACUCACGUAGUAUAUGCAUUAAGCCAUGUAAUGCUUUAAAAUCCCUUGACUAUUUAGCAAAGGCUCUCGUUAGAAAAGGUAAAAAGUGAUUAGACAAAAAAGGGGUCAUAAUCCCUCCCUCCUACUGGUCCUGAUUCUUAUGUAUCCCAUCCCCCUUUCUUGGUUCAUUUCUAAUAGCCGCUCCCAGCAGCCAUGUAGGUGCUGGUGCUGUGUCUUUUGAUUGUAGACAGUAGAGUAAUCAGAGCUUGCAAGUAUGUAUUUUAAACUUUGAACACUAUUUUUUUUUCUUCAAAUGUGCUGCCAAUCCCUGACCCAACUACUUAUUCUAUCCCAGGAUGAGAAGAUACUGUUGUAAUCUCUGUGAUCCUGUCAUCUUGAUGUGUAGUUUCCAAGGUAGGCCCUACUUUCCAAACUGUUACCACACACAUAGAUUCAAAGUAGUUCAGCCAGGAAAAGGAGUCUCAUUUAAUUUCUACAAGUCUCAGUGAGGGUCUUCUGAUAUCUCUGCAGUCAGGCGUAGGGCUAAAUGGAAGGGGACAGAGAAAUUGAAAACAGUUCUCACUAGUCCCAAAUUCUGCUGCUUAGGCAGCUUCAAACGUAAGUAUGCUUUAUUUUUUAAAAAAGUUUGGUUCAGUAGCAUUAUCUCAAAUAAAUGUUUGGCACAAAUUUUCCCCUGUGCAUUUAGUUUGAAAUACUACUACUACUACAACUAUAGAGACCAAGGAAGAAGAGCCUAGCCUCAUCAAGAAGCACUUAACUUCUUUUAGGAAAUAAUUGCUCAAGUUUUACAGUGAUCUGACAUUUAGGUGCAACAUUUGUAGAUAUAUGUAACCUGUUGUUAAAAUCGAAUUUACAGUGGCAUGGGUCAUGUAGUUUAAUAAGGACAUUUGAUAGUCUGUAAUUUUUUUAUUUCCUUAGGAAAUUUCUAGUAAUUUAAAUGUAUAGUUUUGUAUCCUUUUAUGUAUGUUAAUCUUUUCUCAGUAUUACCACUGGAGAGUUCUUAGUUUCUUAAACUGUAAUUGGUUAUUUGAGCUGUGAUACACAAGUUUGUUGACUGCAGCAAUAAAAUAUUUCUAUGAAAAGGA